UAGUCUUCACAACGUCGAAGAGAAGAAAGAAGGAAAAUAAACAGAAAACCAUGACUCACAUAGCUGUGGAGAGAAAAAGGAGAAGGCAAAUGAAUGAGCAUCUCAAAGUCUUGCGUUCUUUAACCCCAAGUUUCUAUAUCAAAAGGGGUGACCAAGCAUCUAUUAUUGGUGGGGUAAUAGAGUUUAUAAAGGAGUUGCACCAAGUUCUGCAAGCUUUGGAGUCAAAGAAGCAAAGAAAGACUUUGAGCCCUAGCCCAGGUCCUAGCCCUAUGGGGGUGCCAGUGCAGUUUCCUCCUGUCCAGGCUGAUAUUCCCUUUGGAUUUGAAGCUGGGGGAGGGUUACCAGGAGCAUGCUGCAACUCUUCGCUUGCAGAUGUAGAGGCGAAGCUCUCUGGGUCCAACGUGAUCUUGAAAAUAGUAUCCAGGAGGAUUACAGGUCAGGUCCUGAAGAUAAUUAGUGUGCUGGAAAGACUUUGUUUUGAGGUUCUUCACCUUAACGUCAGCAGCAUGGAAGACACUGUUUUAUACUCCUUUGUUGUUAAGAUAGGGCUUGAAUGUCAGCUGAGUUUGGAGGAACUGGCUGUUGAAGUUCAACAAAGCUUCUUCUCGGAGCCUGUUUAUGUCAAUGACAUUGAUUAGUAUAGAGAAGCCAUGGAGUUUGUAAUGCGAAUUUUUUUUUUUUUUUUUCCUUCAGUUCUCUAUAAAUAUAAAAACAUCACUUCAGAGUUUGAAAAUACAAAAAUACCUUUUACCUUUAAUAAAUCAAGAAUGUAUAA